AUGGCACUCGACCUCCCCGCGCGAGAUACGUCCGCCAUAAGCAAAGCCACCGCUUCCUUUGCUGACGCAAAAGGUCGACGCGUGGCGGUCGUGGAGACACGCGGCGUCACUCCCUUGGCGGAACCUUUUGGGCCGAAAGCUUCGGCAGCACAUCUGAUCCGCCCCCGGCACGGCAACUGCAUCACCGUCGCCCACGGACAUGAUUCGAUCUGCGCCUGGGUCGGUGACGCCAUCGCCGACCCGCUCCCCACUAUUCGCCGUCACCGUCGCGUUGACGUCACCGCCCAUGUGAUCCGGAGGCCACCACCACCGCUUCCGCCGCCUAUAAGUGCGGUUUCCUCUGCGCUGCCUUGCACCUCGUUCGCCCUUCGGUUCUGCGCCAUGGAAGUGGCAGCGAGCUCGGCGGACGGGGGGUUGGGAUUGGGGGCAGGAGUGGAUGCGUGGGCGGCGGCGUCGCUGGCCAUCGACGGUGGGGAGUCGCCGGAGAGGAGGACGGCGCGGAUGGUAAGGGAGGUGAUCCGGGAGAGCCCGGUGGUUGUGGUCGGCCGGCGUGGGUGCUUCAUGUGCCAUGUGAUUCGACAGCUGCUGGCGGCGGUGGGCGCCCACCCCACGGUGAUCGAGAUGGAGGAAGGCGAAUCGCCCGCCGCCGACGCUGCGGCUCUCCCCGCCCUCUUCAUUGGCGGAGAGAGCGUGGGCGGGAUCGAGGGGCUCAUCGCGCUCCACCUCGGCGGCCGUCUCGUGCCGCUCCUCCGGGAGGCCGGCGCCUGAGACGCCCAUCCGUCGUGCUGUUGAGGUCAAUUGCGUAAUAUCACGGUCUCUGCGGGUGGAGUGCUUUGGAAAGGAUUUGUCGUGACGCACCGUCAUACCUGCCGUUUGAUUGGUGUAUAUAUCUAUGGUGAAACUUGAAAUGAAUGGUACACCGUGUGCGUGUCUGAAACUUGUUCGGUUGUACAUAGAUAUGGAAAAUAUAUAGGGUGUAAGUGACAAAUGUGGACAUGAUACAAACACAACGUCUGUGAAUUCAGAAAUUUCAAGGAGGAUAAUGAAAUAUUUGUUGGACUA